CCUCUUCCUUCCAUCAUAAACUUCUGUCCUUUUUCUCGCUUCUCAUAAACUGUUUCCGGCAAGCAACUGAUGGCAACGGUCCAGAGAAGGAAGCCUGUAGCUUACCGAUACAAAUGAAGACGAAGACGAAACAGUCCUUUAUCGUUCUCUCCCUUUGGGUGGCGCUCAUCAUCAGCAGUAGCGCUCUGUUAGUGGAAGGAUUUCAUUUUUCAGAAUUAAAAAGCCACGCGAGACAGAAUUACCAUGCAGUGAAGUUAUCCUCCUCUUCCUUUUUGGAAGGACCCAGCAACGCAACCACCACUGCGAGUGAUGCCAGUGCUACUAGCAACAGUAAAACAAAUCGCAAGGUCUUUACCAAUCAAGAUUAUGUGGAACCAAUACGAAUUGUCACGCCAAUCAGAUCUACUGGCAAAAGGGAGUUGGCUACUACCACAAAUUCCCUACCUGGUGGUCACUGUUGGCUGGAAAUGGCGCACAAUAUGAGACAAAGUUCGAUGGCAAGUACCACUUCUACGGACUUGUUCAAUGCAAAGACAAGUCGAUUGCUGCAGGAAGCCAGUGAUUCCAUCGAAGAUAUUGGUCUGGCAUGGCUACAAGGAGACUGGGAAGCCGUAACGUAUGCGGCACUGGAUGCGUCGCAACGCAUGGAAUUGGCCGCAACAUCGCUCAACAACAACAAACAUCACCAGGACAAUGCCUUGCAAAGAGCUCUGGCAGGAGUGGGCGUGGAACUAUACGAAUUAUCGUCUACCAACCAGAAACCCAAAGCCGUGACGCUGCAAGGGCUGUCCUUGCGACUCUAUCAGGCCAGCAAAGCAGCCGCAGCAGCCGAAAACAGUAACAAUAGGCAACAAUCGGUAACUCAUUUGGAACAAGCCUCACAGGCCGCCAGAAGUUUGGCGAAACUACAUGGAGCCAGAGCCGUACUUCUCCCACGAAGAUUCCAGCUCUGGUGGCAUACUCGUACAGCGGAAAAGGAAUAAUAAUAUAGAUGUAUGCUGCUACACUAAAUGAAGAGGGCCAGGUCACGAUAUUGUAAUGCCAUUUCUAAAGAUUAGCAAACAUUUCCUAUACUCUU